UCAAAGCAGCCCCACAGUACCGGACAGCACGCACACAGUUCAAGGAACAAAGAAAGCAAACAUGCCACACCAAGACCCAGAAAUCUACCACACCACACCAACCCCCCACUGCCCAAACUCCACCCUCCCGGUCCUCGUAUACCGCAACGUCCUCCCCUCACCCAUAACCGUCGACUCCAUCACCGAAUUCUUCGCUCAGAACGAAUGGCACAGAGGCGGCGUGUUCAAGCACUACCCGACCGCACAUUUCCACUCAAACACGCAUGAGUGCUAUGCUGUGCUAAGUGGCGAGACAGAAUGUCUCUACGGCGUAGGACCCCUCGACUCCCCUUCCACCUCUCCAGGCGUGACAUUCAGCCUCUCGGCCGGCGACAUCGCCGUUCACGCCGCGGGAGUCGCGCACCGGAAUGUAGCGAGCAGUCCCGACUACGAGUAUGUCGGAGUUUACCCCAAAGGCUCUCCGAAGUGGGACAAUAAUUUCUGCAAGGCCGAUCCGGAUACGACGAAGGAGAUUACUGCGAAGACCGAGGGAGUGCCUGUGCCGGCAUUUGACCCGGUUUAUGGGAGAGGUGGGCCGCUGGUGAGGCUUUGGAGCGGGGCGCAGAAGUGAGGUAUCGUUACGCCGGUCAUGCUGGCGG